AAACAUUUUGACAGUGACAAGAAUUGCAAAACCGAAAACAAACACUCCGCAGUCAACAACGAUGGCUCUUGCGGCGUGGUCCAAAUACUCGGCAUUUACUAAACUUUCCACAACUAUCGUACGAAAUUUGUCGGUCUCGUCCACAAACCAUCUAAAAGAGAUCAAAGAGGUCAAGACAAACGACACGCUGGUAAUCAAAGGCGAGUAUGUGCCUUCGCCGAGGCAAGAUACGGUGAUUCCGCAGCUGCUCGAGGCGCGUCAGAAAGGCGAGCGGUUUUGUCCGCAGUGCACGCUCGGGCUGGACAUCAAGCACACCGACGUGCUCAUCCUCAGCCAGUACGUGCGUUCCGACGGAUGCAUGUUGCCGCGCCGGAUUACAGGAUUAUGUAAGCGACAGCAACGGCGCAUGGGUGCGCUGGUGACGAUGGCACAGAAAGCGGGCCUCAUGCCUAAUCUGAACCCGUCCACAAGCAAGCGAGAUCCCAAACAGCGGUACCAGUGGAAGAAGUACAACAAAUAUUACGACGAGGAAACGAUUAAAUGUUAAUACCAUGAGGAGCAGUCACAUAAAGUAGCACAUUUGGGGCCGUACCAUCGGUGUAAAUGUUUA